AUGGACGAGAAUAACGAAAAAGCUGAGCGAAACGAAAAGGAAAAUGAGAAGAAUGACGAACGAAAGGAAGAAAAAGAUGCAGAAGAGGACGAAAAUACGAUAAAAAUCGCUCUUCAAUAUCGCCCACUUGAUCGACUUCCAGUUGAGGAACGAAUGACCAAAUGUUUCAUCUGCAAAGAUGGGGACAGCGUUGAAGAGCCGUUGAUUCAAUGCGAGCACAAGUACAAGGAGCCAGGCAUAAAGUGCAGCACUCAUUUCCAUCAGGCGUGCAUCGACAAAUACAACGCCGGUGGCUUUUCGAUGAACCGGCUUGAGUCAGAGCGUAUCUUCAAGAAAUGCCCACUUCACAUUUGCUUCACAUGUUGGUCGGAUUGUAUGCGCACAUCGGCACUUAAAGGAAACUUGCUGCAGUGUCACUAUUGUAUGCGAGCUUUUCAUCUCACUUGUUCGCCGGCUAAUCGUGUGGAGCCCGAGCCCAACUUAAUCACACCAAGCACAGUGGAUGCAGACGGAAAAUCGAUCGUAAUAGAGAGCGUCUCGUAUUGUAUUUGCUCGCGACAUCAAAACCUCGAGCCAAAGUUGAAGAAAAUGAUAAAAAUCAACCAGAAGCUUAGUUAUUGCUGCGAGUGCAAUGAGGCACCCAUCGACGGUGAGACGUUGCAAGGAUGCGCUAACUGCCCGCGCUCGUUCCAUCCACGCUGUUAUCGUUACACAAAAGUGAUACCAGAGGUUGCGGGGACGUGGUGCGAACGAUGUAUCUUCGCCGACGAGUUUCGCCUUAAUGAAUAUGUGAUCGUUCGUUACAAGAAUAGUUGGUAUCCCGCUCAAAUUGUGCUACCUGAUCGCUUUCCGAAAACAAAGAAAAAUAUUGACAAGUUUGGAGAAUACAAUGCUGAGUCAGGUUUUGUCACCGUCGCGUGGGUUGGCUACACGGAUACGUAUGCUGUGGCUCCAUAUCAACAUUGCAUUGAGAUGCCCAAGGGAAGCAUCGACCAUUUUCGCCACUCGGAUUCGAAAAGCAGGAAUGGUUGGCUAGAGCUCGAGGCGAGUAGCAACGAGAUACCAUUGCCACUUCCAAGCAAGGACGUCGAUUUCACGGCCACAGAGUGCAAAAGCCGUUAUUCGUCGAUCAAGCGUUCGAUCUAUUACUCGGAUGACGCGCGACCAACCAAAGAGGAUACAUUGGAUGAAGCGUUGUGUGAUUGCCCAGAAGGAGAGGAGAAUCGUUGCGCGUCCGGAUCGUCUUGCUUGAAUCGAAGCCAAAACCAGGAGUGCCCAUUUGCAUGCGCGAAGAAACGCGGUGGUUGCUUGAAUCGUGAGAUUACGAAUGGAGACUAUUGCAAGUAUGUGAAAGUGAAGGACGUUGGUCGAAUGGGAAAAGGACUGUUUGCGACAAAAGAUCUUGAAGUGGGAACAUUUAUUGGCGAGUACGCAGGGGAAAUCAUUUCGAAGGCUGAGCAAUUGAGACGGAUUGAGCAGGCGACGAGCAGCCGUAAUUUGGAGGAGAUGCAUUACAUGUUGUCGGUUUCAAGUCUUCAUCGGGUCGUCGACGCAAAGUUCAAGUCGAAUUUGAGCAGAUUCAUCAAUCACUCGUGCGAACCGAAUUGCAUCGUUGAGCCGAUUCUAAUCGUUAUCAAGGAGACCAAGUUGGCAUGUGUUAGAGACGAGCGAAUUCGCAUCACCACGACGCGUCCCAUCAAAGCUGACGAGCAGCUCACUUUUGACUAUGCAAUGGAAGCUUACAAAGAGAGUGGAACCCUUCAGACGUGUCAUUGCGGAUCGAAGAAGUGUCGAGGAACCCUUGGAGGCAGAGCUGCAAAGCCGGUUAUUGAUGAUACGAAGACAAUGUCAAGGAAGAUUCGCGGAAAGCGAAAGGUGCGAAUCGUCGAAGAGGAAAAGGAGAACGCAACACUUGGAUCACCGAGAAAGAGAAGAACGACCGGAUCAUCGGUGAGAUCACAACGGCGAAGGGGUGCUGUUGCUGGAAGUGAUGAGGCGAACUUGGUCGCUGUUGUGCCAGCUCUUGAUGAAAACAAGGAAACUGUUGGGGCGGCAAAAAGAAGAAAAACGAUUAGCGACUGCAAAGCACUGACAACAUCACAACGACAACGAAGUGCUGAUGUUGAAGGAAAAGAUGAGACGAACUUGGCCGUUGUUCUGCAAGCUGUUGACACUCGAAAAGACGAUGAGACGGCAAGAACUCGAAGAAGAGGACGGCAAAGACGGGCGAAAGCCAAUGAAACUAGUGCAAUGAUCGAUGAUGAUGACAAGGAAAACGGCAAGACAGGGAGAAAGAACAAAAAUGGCAAGGGAAAGAAUUUUGUGCUCCCCAUUGAGUUUCUGAGAGUUAUGGGGAAACGGCGUUCAAUGCCUCAACAGAAACCCCUUGAGUUCCGGAGAGUUAUUGAGAAGCGACGUUCAAUGCCUCAACAGACACCAACCAGUGCAAUCAUUCCCGAUCAGGGGGCUCUCGUGGUAAUUGAUGCACAAAUGACUGCCACUUCUCCACUUAGCCUCACUCAG